GUUUCCGAAUUGCAGAUGUCAGCGGUUGUAGACGCCGUCUUCGGCUCAUAUGACGUCAAGAAUGCGAAGCAGUGGCGCGAUGAGGACCUGCUAUACCGUGAACAACAGAAGCAGUGGCGCGAGGAUGCUAUCCGUCGCGAGACCGAGUGGCGUCGUGCCGACCUGAAACGCGAGCGCCGCUUGGCCAAACUCGAGUCGGAGAAGCGACUGAUCGACGCGCGCCACCAGCAGUUGCAGACCGUUUCGCAGCUGUCCGCCAUGAUGGCGUUCUUCUCUAUCAUGUUCAUCCAGGAGAUCAAGUCAUUGCAGAGCGACACAAGCGAUCCCCUAAUUAUCAUCUACGGGACUGUGGGCGUGCUCGAGUUUCUCUGUAUGCUGCUGUGUACUCUGACAUGCACGUUGCUGCUGCUGGCACUCACGAGAUUCGUGACGCAUACACUAGACGGUGAAGUGCGGCAACUCUCGGACGGGGAGCUGGACACAGUCUCUCCAUUUACAGACUGGUGGACGUUCAAGUGCGAGCAGGAGUGGCUGCUCGCAUACCAUUUGUUCAGGACGGGCGCGUCCUUCUUCCUGGUUGCUGUCAGCUUAGCUAGCUGGAUCGUGCUCGUCAGGUCCACAGCAGCGUCCGUAGUUGUCUCCGUACUCUGCGUUUGCGGCUUGCUAUACUACAACCUCCGAAUUGCCAGUCGAUGGAGAUAUCUCGUCAAACCUUCAACCAGCAGACGCAUGAGUGUCCCGUUGCCGUAGUCGUACAAGAACCGACCGUAUUCAUGUACCGGUACAUGUACUAUAUUUACUCAACAAGGUCCAAUUUGAUGGGCAGGGCACUUCUUCACGUCGUUUAUGGGUUCUUUAUGUACUAACGCUCACGUGUGCACAACACUUGGAGGCUCUAAAAGCGCUCGCUUACUUUUUCUUGUUAAUCUUGCACGCGUGGUCGCAGUUGUGGGCGCGUGCACCGCAAUUCCUGGCUAGGAACAGUGUGCUGCCGAAGAGUGAUCCCGCCGUGAUCGAGCAAUCUGCGAUGGGGCCCGUGACCACCACGGGGUGCAGAGAAUGCCGCAGCGUGUAGAAGGCAAAACCACCCUGACGGCAUUUAAGCAAGGCAAAUGAGUGCGUCGGUAGCAGAGCUUCCACUCGCACCGAGAUCUUGCCCGUGGCAGCAUCAAUAUAACUCACCUGGCGCAGCUGCAGUGCCUGCUCCGGGUCUGCUACAGUCUUGGCGAUCUGCUGCUUCAACGGCUCGCUGGCCUUCACGAGAUGCUCCAACAGAUACUCGUAGCUCCAGGCGCCAACCUCAUCCUGACUGCCAGCAACGGUGGCGCUGGGAUCCCAAGGACUCUCGAUGUUGGCGUCCUUCAUCUCCAUGUCGUAGCCCAUCUCGCGAGCGAUCAUAAUGGCCUUCUUGGCACUACGUACGCCCAUGACGUCGUCCACGAUAUCGCGCACGCUGAACUCGUUCUUGUACUCGUCCAUAAGACCCUUCAUAAUAGCUCCCAGAUCAGCCUCGGCAGGCUUCGGUAGUGCGAACACAGUGUCGAAAACAGCGUGCAAGAAGCGGCUUCCCGAGUAUUCUACCCGCUGGAU